GAUAAGCAAAUCGGAACUUUUUUUAAAAAAUUGACGACGAUGCUCUCCAUCUCUCCGGUGCCGAGCUUCUCGUUAACCUCCGUGAAAUAUCUCCGCUCUCCUUCCUCUUCUUCCUUCAUCUCCUUCUUCCCCAAACUUUCCAGAUUCGUCACAGCAAGCUCGGCAACCCCCAAUUCAAAACCGGAGACCACCACCACGAGAGUGAACAACGCCGGCCUCAAACUCGACGAGACAGUCUCCGUCUCCAAAGGCAAGAUUCGCCUCGAUUCAUGGAUCUCCUCUCGCGUCGAUGGCGUUAGCCGAGCUCGCGUACAGUCCAGCAUCCGCCAAGGACUAGUCAUCGUCAAUGGCCAAGUCGUCGAUAAGGUUUCGCACAAUGUGAAAGCUGGCGACGAGGUUCACUGUACGAUAUCAAAGCUCCAGCCUUUGAGAGCUGAACCCGAAGACAUACCGUUAGAUAUAGUUUACGAAGAUCAGCACGUGCUCGUCGUUAACAAACCGCCUCACAUGGUUGUUCAUCCUGCGCCUGGGAAUCCUAAGGGGACGCUUGUUAACGGCAUACUUCACCAUUGUAGUCUUCCCUGUGUUGCUGCUUAUUCAAACCAAGAAGAAGAAGAUGAGGAUUCGGAUGACGAAGAAACGUUUUCAGAUGAUGAAGGGAUGAUUCGUCCAGGGAUUGUUCAUAGGUUGGAUAAAGGGACUAGUGGGUUGCUCGUUGUAGCUAAGGAUGAGCAUUCUCAUGCUCAUUUGGCGGAGCAGUUCAAGCUGCACACGAUUGAGAGAGUUUAUAUAAGUCUUACCUGUGGAGUUCCUUCCCCGUCUCAGGGGAGGAUUGAUGUACCAAUUGGUAGGGAUUCGAAUAAUCGGAUCCGUAUGGCUGCUAUACCUGGAUCAUUAAGCCGUGGAAGGGCUCGUCAUGCUGCUAGUAGGUAUAAGGUAGUUGAAACACUCGCUGGAGGUGGCUCUGCGUUGGUUGAGUGGAGACUAGAAACUGGCCGUACUCAUCAGAUACGUGCGCAUGCCAAGUACAUGGGAGUUCCUCUACUGGGUGACGAAGUGUACGGUGGAACGAAAAGCAUGGCGCUUUCUCUUCUGCAGAAAAGAGUCUCCCGGAGUGAUCAAGAAGAGAUCAUAGAGCUGGUGUCAAGAAUGGAUAGGCCUUGUCUUCAUGCCAUAGUUCUCGGCUUUGAGCAUCCGUGCACCGGGGAAAUCAUAAAGUUUUCAUGUCCACCGCCUCCGGAUCUUGCAGAGAUAGUAGGCCUGCUUCGUAGAAGCGGCAGAGAAAUGGUGGAAUAAUCUCUCGAUUUUGGUUUAUAAACUCAUAGUCUCGGACAUUGAUUCUGCAGUAGCAUGAGAGAUAUCAUCGAACGCCACUAUCCUUUCAAGCAACAAGCAAUCAAACUUCUCUCUGAAGAUCUUUGACGAAACAAAUGAAAGUGUAGUCUCAGUUUCAUGAUCCAAGUGUUUAUAGUACAGCUAAGAGGUGUAUAAAGCUCAAAUGGGAACUUCAAAUGAUAUUCAAAACCCAACAAAAUCAACAUCAGCUAAACCUGUAUCUUUCGCCUU